CGGCGCCGUAAAUCGAGCACUUCAGGGCCAGGCACGGCGCCAGGCGACUUCGAGGGCAAGGCACUGGCAGGGGCAGCGCCGCCAAGCGCGAAGAGCGCGCGCGCGCGCGCGCGCCUCGCGCGAAGAUCGGCGUGGAGCGGACAGCAGCGCGAGGCAACUCCAGCAUCUGGCGCCUCUCGCAGCUCUGCAUCCAGCCACAUCCGCAUCGCAAGCACCCGCCUCACUGCACCUCCGCAGCCGCAGCACCGGUCCCGUCCAGCUGUCCUGCCUGCGCGGCACUCCUCUUGCAUGACGGCGCUCGCCGCCUCGCCCUCGCGGCCCUUUGCCGAGCAGCAGCGCACGCCGCGCAGCAGCAGCAUGCUCGCCGACGCCGGCCACGCCGCCGCUCCGCCGCCGCUGCGCCUGCCGCGCGGCCACGACUCGGCAGACCUGCACGUGUGUCCCGAGAUCGCACCUGCGCCGCCGCCAGGCGCCGCCAGCGCCAGCAGCACGCCCGCCCUCGCGCCGCCGCCGCCGAGCGACGACCCGUCGGGCCCGUUCGAGGGGCCCGAGAAGCUGCUCGAGCUCUGGUUCGCGCCUGCUGCGGAUGCGCUGCCUGCUGCGGCACUGCACCGCUCCUUCGGCCUCACACAACAGCCGCGGCCGCGCGCCGGGCUGCGCGCCAUCGAGCGGGCGCGCUGGGAGGGCAUGCUCGACCUCGUCAGCUGCAAGGUGCUCAGCGUGCUCGACGGCGACGAGUGCGACGCCUACCUGCUGAGCGAGUCGAGCAUGUUCGUCUUCCCGCACAAGCUCAUCCUCAAGACGUGCGGCACGACGACGCUGCUGCUCGGCCUCGAGCGCAUCCUGCGCCUCGCACACGAGGCGCUCGGCCUGGCGCUGCCCGCCGGCGUCGGCGCCGAGGCGCUCGUCGUGGCCGAGCGCGAGGCGCACGACGACGAGGACGCGGCCUUCCGCGCGCUCGGCGCCGUCGUCAAGUCGACGUUCUACUCGCGCAAGAGCUUCAUGUUCCCCGAGCGGCAAAAGGGCCCGCACCGCGACUGGAUGCUCGAGGUUGCCGUGCUCGACCGCUACCUCGACGCCGGCGCCGCAUACACCGUCGGCAAGAUGAAUGGCGACCACUGGCUGCUCUACAUGGCCGCCGCGCCGGACUCUCCACGCGCGCCGGCGAGCGCGCAGCACGCCGUGUCGCUGCUGCCCAAGCUCGACGCCGGCGUGGAGCGGCCACUGGCACUGCCGAGCCCUCUGGGCCUGCAGAGCGGCAGCGACCAGACGCUCGAGGUGCUCAUGACGCACCUCUCGCCCGCGUCGUGCAGCCGCUUCUCCUACCCGGCCUCGCUCGCCAUGCCCGCCGGCGCCACGGGCAGCCGCGGCCACGUGCUGGGCGCGCAGACGUCCGACGUGCUCGGCCUCUCGACGCUCUUUCCCGCCUCGCAGCUCGACGCCUUUGCGUUUGAGCCGUGCGGCUACAGCGCCAAUGCCCUCGUGCCCGCGUCGCCCGGCAACGGCGCCGGCUACUGGACGGUGCACGUGACGCCCGAGGAGGGCUCGAGCUACGCCAGCUUCGAGACCAACGUCGAGGUGCGCGCCGCCGAGGCGUCGUCCGACAGCGCCUCGCUCGACGGCGGCGCGCUCGAGCUGGGCAAGGCGGGCAAGUCGGCCAUCCGCUCCUUCGAGGGCCUCGUGGCGCGCGUCGUGGCCAUCUUUGAGCCUGGGCGCCUCUCCGUCACGCUCUUCACCUCGACGUCGCGCAGCGGCGACGACGACGAGAGCGCCGACCCGCCGACGGCAGACACGGCCACCGACGGCACCUCGACGCUCAACGCCUCCAUCCUCGACGCCGGCAGCGUGCUGCACGCCCUCGAGCUGCCCGGCUACCGGCGCACCGACCGCAUCGCCUACGAGUUCGAGGACUACGACCUCGUCUUUGUCAGCUUCGACCGCACGGGCAGCCGGCUGCCGCGGCGCUGACUGCGGCAGCCGCGACGUGUACAUAUAGAGUGCAAGCCUGCUAUGGCGUUGACUGACUG